AUGGCUGAACCCAAGAGGGAUACUGGACCAGAAUUGGUAGAAGACAAUGGGAAACUGGGCUUGGAUAUCGAAAACGCCGGCGACGAGUAUAGCAGCCUUGCCCCCGAAGACGCCGAGUUCAUGCGUAAUUGUGGCAAGGCCCAGUCGAAGAAAAUCACCAGAAAGGUCGACGUUCGACUAAUUCCUAUCAUGGCCCUGCUGUACCUAUUCGCACACAUCGACCGAGGCAACAUUGGCAAUGCCAAGAUAGAAGGCAUGGACAAAGACCUGGGGUUGAUCGGGAAUCAAUACAAUAUUGCCAGCACUAUCUUCUUCGUCCCCUACAUCAUAUUCGAAAUACCGUCCAACAUUGUAAUCAAGAAGAUCCGCCCUAGCAUCUGGCUCUCAGCCUUGAUGUUGGCCUGGGGUGUAGUUAUGACGUGCAUGGGUGUGGUCCAGAACUUUUCCGGGUUGGCCGCAUGCAGAGUUCUUCUUGGAGUUUUUGAGGCAGGCUUCUUCCCUGGUGCCGCCUUCCUUGUGGGACAGUGGUAUCCACGACAUGAACUUCAGCAGCGCCUAGCUCUGUUUUACACUGCGUCUGCACUCUCCGGCGCAUUGAGCGGGCUGUUGGCCUUUGCAAUCGCUCGCAUGGACGGCUUGCGGGGCAUCGAGGGAUGGCGCUGGAUCUUCAUAGUCGAAGGCGCCGUGACUGUCUUCCUUGGUCUGGCCAUGCCAUUGUUGAUAUCUGACAGUCUGGAGCGCGUCGGAUGGUUGAGCGACACGGAAAAGCGAGUCCUCGACUUGAGACUGCGCUUGUCUGGUGUGCGAACGAACAGUGAGGAGAGUGACAAGUUCUCCUGGAAGCUCCUCCUCCAGACAAUGACUGACUGGAAGAUUGCCCUCGGUAUCCUGAUUGCCUUUGCGAACUCUGUGCCCAACGCGGCUUUCAAGUUUACAAUGCCACAGAUCAUCCAGCAGUUUGGCUUCUCAACCCAGACCGCCCAACUGCUUACUAUCCCGCCAUACUUUCUUGGUGCCGUUUCCGCGUGGUUGAAUGGAAGGCUUUCGGACAAGUUUGCCUGGCGCAUGCCCUUCAUUGCUGGCCCGUUGACGGUUCUCUGCGUCGCCUUUGCGAUACUCUUCACGCUGUCGGUCAAUGUGCGUCAGAAUAUGCCUGGCAUGUAUUUCGGCGUCAUGCUGGCUCAGAUUGGCAUCUACCCAUUAUUACCCGGUACCAUUGCCUGGGUGGGUAAUAAUCUAGCACCGUCGUGGAAACGAUCAAUUGGCCUUGCCUGGCUCCUUGCAGCCGGUAAUGUUGGAAGCAUCAUUGGAACAAGCAUAUUCCUAGAUAAGGAGGGCCCACGAUACCCCACUGGCUAUGGCGUAUCGCUCGGCAUCAUUUGUAUGGGUCUUGUAUCCGCUAUUGUCAUGGAGCUGGCGCUCAUGAGACUUAACAAGGUCAAGGCAAGGAUUUCAGAGGCCAGCGUACGCCAGGCCCAUACACAAGCGGAACUUGACGCCAUGGGUGAGAAGAGCCCGCUAUACCAGUAUAUCCUGUAG